AGUGCCUGUGUGAUCUUAUUUAAAACUCAUAACGUACUCCAGAAAAGGGAACUGUUACGCCCAUUUCUGAAUUUGUGGCAGUUACUGUUAUCGCUAGCUUAAAAAUACACAGUCAUGCGAAAUGGAUCGGUGCACACGCACAUACACACACAAAUAUACUGAAGUAUAAGGUCAAAUACCCCACGUUAUUUAUAAUCUCGAAUAACUAAUGAGUGUGUAUGCAUCUAUUUUGAUACUUAAUAAGGGUAGGUAGGUAAAUGACCAAGAGUUAAAAAGAUCACCUUUUGCUGUUUUCUGCUUGUUGCAUUUUAUGGGAAACGAAGAUUGUCUAUUUCAGUUCUCUGUCCUCAUCCCUGACCUCUUCCACUUUUGGAAAUGACACAUCUGUGGCGCCUGGGUAAUUUUGUAAAAUUAUUGCUUUUGCAAGGGAGAAAUUUAUAAUAUUAGUAUGUGUCAUAAAAAGGGGAAACUUUCUUGUAUGACUAGCUUGAUUGAAAGAGUUGUCCAGGUAGAGAGAGAGAGAAACAGCAGUGGGACAUGUUUUAAAGUGUAUUGAGAGUGAAAUUGUCAUUAAUAUUUUUAUGGUUAAUUUAUUAUGCUGCACAACACGUUGGUUUAGCUAGUAAGUAGGGAAGGCUUUUGGACUGAGGGCACAUUUUACCUUAAACCAACUUCAGAGUCAUCUUUGAUGAUUCAUACAAACAUUACGUUUUACUUUGUUGUGACGUUUGUUUUGGGUGACUGUUGGUCUCCUUAAUGUUUGAAGAAUAGACAGACUUAGAUAAAGUCAUUUAAGACUUCCAUUCUCCCUUUGCACACAGAGGACGUUUUAGAGGUGUUAGGUCUUUAGGGAAGAGUGUACAUUACUAGCUUUGUGACCUUGAACCCAUUAUAUAACCCCUUUGAGCCUUACUCCUCAUGUGGGGCUAAGGUGGGGAUGAUCUAUCUGUCACAGUUACUGUGAAUACAUGUAUAUUUUGUUGAAAGUACAAUCCAAACUCUUUACCAUCGACCACAAGACUUCUGCCUGGUUCUUCAGCACACUUUGAACAACCCUCUCUCUGCCUUAGCACAAAGGUGUGGUCUAGCCUUUCUGUUCCUCAACAUUCCAAGCUGCGUCUGGCUUCCUCCCCUUUGACAGUUUUCCUAGACUGCUCUUCAGUGGUGCCCCCUGUGGUUGGUUCAUUCUCAGGGUCACCCUCUCAGAGAAGCCUUCUCUGACCACCCUUCCUUCCAGCUCCUUCAGUAAUCCCAUUUUAUCAAUUCGUCUGUUUCUGAUACAAUGUUCAUUACUAAGUUCCUUGUGGAGGGCGUGGGCUGUGGUCUUCCUCCUUUGUCUUCCUCACACAUGGCAUGGAGCCUGGCCACUGAGUGGGGACAUGGUGUACAGAAAGCACUUGUAGCUUUUACACGUUUGUCUGCCUGUUAAAGGCAGAGAUGUGCUGGCUGGAUCUUAGACAUCUGUUGGGUUUUUUGUGUUUUUUAUUUAUCCCUGGCUGAGUUGAUCUGCUCAACUGAAUAAAUCAUAGCACUGAUAAGGCCAACGUUCUUGACACUACAUGGCCCCAAAUCCCCACACAGGGAGGACUGCAUCUUCUUGUAGAACCGCGAUGUGUGUCUGAGUUCACUCACAUGCCCCACUGGCUGGUCGUGAAGAUGCACAGGCCUCUUGUCGCUUCUGGAAGCACAGUUAACUGGAGUGUGAGGAGAGUAAUGGCCCCAGAGCACAUUUCCCUUGAUGCUGCCUUACAGAGCUUAGCAAGGGCAUCACACUUGGAGACUAUGUUUGGGGAGCGGUGGCUAUCCCAUUGUCCUUGGGAGCCGACUCUUGAGUAGUAGAGAAGAAGGAAAGAAGAAAACACCACAUCUCUCUGAAGGCCUGGGAGACGAAGUUUCCUGAGCAUCAGUAAACCCUGCAAGCGUCACUAUGCCGUCCUGAAAUCUUCCAACAGAAAAUGGCUCCAAAGGGUAAAUGAAGCGGGAAAAAUACAUAGAUGCAGCAUUGCGUGCAGCCUCUCCAGAUGUUCGAGGAUAAUAUUCCAGAGAGAAAUUGAUUCCCUUGGAUUAGGUAACUAGUCAGAAUGAAGAAGAUUAGUCUUAAAACCUUCCGGAAAUCUUUCAACUUGAAUAAAAGUAAAGAAGAAGCGGAUUUUAUGGUUGUACAACAACCAUCACUAGCCAGUGACUUUGGAAAAGAGGAUUCCUUAUUUGGUAGCUGCUAUGGGAAAGAUAUAGCCAGCUGUGAUCUCAACAGUGAAGAUGAAAAAGGCGGAAAGAGUAGAUCAAAAAGUGAAAGCCUAAUGGGUACGUUGAAAAGACGGCUGUCUGCGAAACAGAAGCCGAAGGGCAAGGGCGGCGCGCCCUCCGGGGGCUCUGCGGACGAGGACACCUUCUCCUCCUCCUCGGCCCCCAUCGUCUUCAAGGACGUGAGGGCGCAGAGGCCCAUGAGGUCCACCUCGCUGCGCAGCCACCACUACAGCCCCACGCCGUGGCCCCUGCGCCCCACCGCGUCGGAGGAGACGUGCAUCAAGAUGGAGGUGAGGGUCAAGGCCCUGGUCCACUCGCCUGGCCCGGGCCCGGCCCUGAACGGCGUGCGCAAGGACUUCCACGACCUCCAGGCCGACACCGCGUGCCAAGAACAGACGAACUCGCUCAAGAGUUCUGAGUCUCAGGAUGGGGACCUGCAUCUCCACCUGGAAGAACAUGUGCCUGUCGUUAUCGGACUCGUGCCUCAGGACUACAUUCAGUACACUGUGCCUUUGGAGGAGGGGAUGUACCCUCUGGAAGGACCGCGCGGCUAUUGUCUGGACGGCUCCUCCCCCAUGGAAGUCUCCGCGGUCCCUCCUCCGGUGGGAGGGGGCUCCUUCCCCGAAGACGAGAAUCAGGUAGACCCGGACCUCGUGGUGGCCCCAGAGAUCUUCGUGGACCAGUCGGUGAACGGCUUGCUGAUCGGCACCACGGGAGUCGUGCUGCAGAGCCCGAGGGCGAGUCCCGACGACGCCCCGCCACUCUCACCGUUGCUACCUCCCCUGCAGACGAAUCAGAUCCAAAGGAACUUCGGCGGGCUCGCCGGCUCCGACGCCCACGUGGCCGAAAGUAUGCGCUGUCACUUGAAUUUCGAUCCUAACUCUGCCCCCGGGGUUGCCAGAGUUUAUGACUCAGUGCAGAGUAGUGGUCCCAUGGUCGUGACAAGCCUUACGGAGGAGCUGAAGAAACUUGCGAAACAGGGAUGGUACUGGGGCCCCAUCACUCGCUGGGAGGCAGAAGGGAAGCUGGCCAACGUGCCGGAUGGCUCUUUCCUCGUUCGGGACAGUUCUGAUGACCGCUACCUUUUAAGCUUGAGCUUCCGCUCGCACGGCAAGACCCUUCACACUAGAAUCGAACAUUCAAAUGGUAGGUUUAGCUUUUAUGAACAGCCGGACGUGGAAGGACACACGUCUAUCGUGGACCUGAUCGAGCACUCAGUCAGGGACUCCGAGAACGGGGCCUUCUGUUACUCCCGGUCUCGCCUGCCGGGCUCGGCCACCUACCCCGUCAGGCUGACCAACCCCGUGUCGCGCUUCAUGCAGGUGCGCUCCCUGCAGUACCUGUGCCGGUUCGUCAUCCGUCAGUACACCAGAAUAGACCUGAUUCAGAAGCUGCCUCUGCCAAACAAAAUGAAGGAUUAUUUACAGGAGAAGCACUACUGAGAGGCUCUGAGAACCCUGCGUCUUGCACUUGGGGAGGAAGGAAAAGAGAUUGGAAUACAGUUUACAGACUUUCCAUUGCUAUCAAAAUCUUUUGCUGCCAUACUGUUUCAGUUUUAUGUGUAAAAGAGUAACCAGUUCGUUUAGGGGUGGGCAAGUGUCGGCAAGGUGUCUUGGGUUUACUUUGGUUCUUUAAAAAGGGAAGUCUUGAGCUUUUAGAAGAGUGAACUAUCUUCCAUCAGUGUGCAGAAUAAUCACAAUGUGAAUUAAUCAGAUUCUCCUUACCCACCCCGCCCCCAGUCCUUUGCUGCUAUCCACUGUGAUUUUUAUGCAUUAAAAGCACAUUUCAUGUGUAUUCAAUCCUAAGUAAAGUUAAAUGAAACUUAUAGAAUGAACAUUGUUAUGUCUCUUUCAAUGGCCCGUUUUCAAAGAUAGUGUUGAGUAAACAUAGCCGUGUGAUAAGUCACAGAGGUCACACCUACACUGAAAAUGAUUUUUAAUUUCAUACUUCAGAAGGAUUUAUUUAGAAUUAUGAACUGACAUAAUCUUGGGUAAUGGAACAGAGAUCUGCUACAUAUCUUUUACAACAUUCAGUUCUAAAUUAUUUUAAGAUUGUGCUGUUAUGUUGGUUGUGAGAAGUUGGACUUUUCUGUUGCCUUCAUUUUCAUCUUGUGGUUUGUCUGUUUUAAUAAAUGGCCUUACAGAAUUGUAAAGAAAUGUAUACCACCAAUUUAGAAAUUGUUGCCUUUUCUGUCAUUAAACUCUGGUACAAAUUGGCGUAACAUAUAAAGACCUAAUGGAACUAGAACUAUUAAAGAAAUACUAGAUGAUCAUA